AUGGCUGGAGAGACACGGAGGGGGAUAGCAUUAUGCAACAGUCGUGAUCUCUAUCUAUUGCCCUCGCUCUCCCGCGUGCCCUCGCACUCCCUCUUGCCCUCGCACUCCCUCUCGCCCUCGCACUCCCUCUUGCCCUCGCAUUCCCUCUUGCCCUCGCACUCCCUCUUGCCCUCGCACUCCCUCUUGCCCUCGCACUCCCUCUUGCCCUCGCACUCCCUCUUGCCCUCGCACUCCCUCUUGCCCUCGCACUCCCUCUUGCCCUCGCACUCCCUCUUGCCCUCGCACUCCCUCUUGCCCUCGCACUCCCUCUUGCCCUCGCACUCCCUCUUGCCCUCGCACUCCCUCUUGCCCUCGCACUCCCUCUUGCCCUCGCACUCCCUCUUGCCCUCGCACUCCCUCUUGCCCUCGCACUCCCUCUUGCCCUCGCACUCCCUCUUGCCCUCGCACUCCCUCUUGCCCUCGCACUCCCUCUUGCCCUCGCACUCCCUCUUGCCCUCGCACUCCCUCUUGCCCUCGCACUCCCUCUUGCCCUCGCACUCCCUCUUGCCCUCGCACUCCCUCUUGCCCUCGCACUCCCUCUUGCCCUCGCACUCCCUCUUGCCCUCGCACUCCCUCUUGCCCUCGCACUCCCUCUUGCCCUCGCACUCCCUCGUGCCCUCGCACUCCCUCGUGCCCUCGCACUCCCUCUUGCCCUCGCACUCCCUCUUGCCCUCGCACUCCCUCGUGCCCUCGCACUCCCUCUUGCCCUCGCACUCCCUCUUUCCCUCGCACUCCCUCUUGCCCUCGCACUCCCUCUUGCCCUCGCACUCCCUCUUGCCCUCGCACUCCCUCUUGCCCUCGCACUCCCUCUUGCCCUCGCACUCCCUCUUGCCCUCGCACUCCCUCGUGCCCUCGCACUCCCUCUUGCCCUCGCACUCCCUCUUGCCCUCGCACUCCCUCUUGCCCUCGCACUCCCUCUUGCCCUCGCACUCCCUCUUGCCCUCGCACUCCCUCUUGCCCUCGCACUCCCUCUUGCCCUCGCACUCCCUCUUGCCCUCGCACUCCCUCUCGCCCUCGCACUCCCUCUUGCCCUCGCACUCCCUCUUGCCCUCGCACUCCCUCGUGCCCUCGCACUCCCUCUUGCCCUCGCACUCCCUCGUGCCCUCGCACUCCCUCGUGCCCUCGCACUCCCUCUUGCCCUCGCACUCCCUCGUGCCCUCGCACUCCCUCGUGCCCUCGCACUCCCUCGUGCCCUCGCACUCCCUCGUGCCCUCGCACUCCCUCUUGCCCUCGCACUCCCUCGUGCCCUCGCACUCCCUCUUGCCCUCGCACUCCCUCUUGCCCUCGCACUCCCUCUUGCCCUCGCACUCCCUCUUGCCCUCGCACUCCCUCUUGCCCUCGCACUCCCUCGUGCCCUCGCACUCCCUCUUGCCCUCGCACUCCCUCGUGCCCUCGCACUCCCUCGUGCCCUCGCACUCCCUCUUGCCCUCGCACUCCCUCGUGCCCUCGCACUCCCUCGUGCCCUCGCACUCCCUCGUGCCCUCGCACUCCCUCGUGCCCUCGCACUCCCUCUUGCCCUCGCACUCCCUCGUGCCCUCGCACUCCCUCUUGCCCUCGCACUCCCUCGUGCCCUCGCACUCCCUCGUGCCCUCGCACUCCCUCUUGCCCUCGCACUCCCUCUUGCCCUCGCACUCCCUCGUGCCCUCGCACUCCCUCUUGCCCUCGCUCUCCCUCUUGCCCUCGCACUCCCUCGUGCCCUCGCACUCCCUCUUGCCCUCGCACUCCCUCGUGCCCUCGCACUCCCUCGUGCCCUCGCACUCCCUCUUGCCCUCGCACUCCCUCGUGCCCUCGCACUCCCUCGUGCCCUCGCACUCCCUCGUGCCCUCGCACUCCCUCGUGCCCUCGCACUCCCUCGUGCCCUCGCACUCCCUCGUGCCCUCGCACUCCCUCUUGCCCUCGCACUCCCUCGUGCCCUCGCACUCCCUCGUGCCCUCGCACUCCCUCUUGCCCUCGCACUCCCUCUUGCCCUCGCACUCCCUCGUGCCCUCGCUCUCCCUCUUGCCCUCGCUCUCCCUCUUGCCCUCGCACACCACUACAUCACUGGGUACCGGGAUUGGCUCCUCCAUGUCUGGGGAAGAAAAGCACGGAGGGAACUUUCUCACACACCCACGCACCCUUGGCUCACCACUGCACAUGCCCCUGGCUCACCACUGCACAUGCCCCUGGCUCACCACUGCACAUGCCCCUGGCUCACCACUGCACAUGCCCCUGGCUCACCACUGCACAUGCCCCAGGCUCACCACUGCACAUGCCCCUGGCUCACCACUGCACAUGCCCCUGGCUCACCACUGCACAUGCCCCUGGCUCACCACUGCACAUGCCCCUGGCUCACCACUGCACAUGCCCCUGGCUCACCACUGCACAUGCCCCUGGCUCACCACUGCACAUGCCCCUGGCUCACCACUGCACAUGCCCCUGGCUCACCACUGCACAUGCCCCUGGCUCACCACUGCACAUGCCCCUGGCUCACCACUGCACAUGCCCCUGGCUCACCACUGCACAUGCCCCUGGCUCACCACUGCACAUGCCCCUGGCUCACCACUGCACAUGCCCCUGGCUCACCACUGCACAUGCCCCUGGCUCACCACUGCACAUGCCCCUGGCUCACCACUGCACAUGCCUCCCCUCCGUGUGUAG